CGCGCCCCUUUCCUGAAGGCAAUCAUCUGGGCCCAAGACGUCUUUGCAAUUGACGUUGACCAAGAUGGCCUCGCUAUCCGAUGACACGCUCAGAAAAAUCCUGGUUCAGAUACAACAGACUGCUAUAUCUUCUCAGCGCGCGCUGAACCUUUCACGUCAGCAAUCUGCGGCCAAGGAACGCGAACGGCGCAUUCUUCAGUUGACUAUCAAUGAAAUACAAGGGAUCGAGGGCGACGUUAACAUGUAUCAGGGUGUCGGUAAAAUGUUUAUGAUGGUCCCUCGGCAGACCAUGGAACAAGACCUCAACAAUCAGGAGAAAGAGCUCACCGAUGAUAUUAACAACUUGAAGAAGAAGGGCAAGUUUCUCGAGAAGCAAUUCAACGAUGCUCAAGCACAACUACGGGAUAUCUUCCAACACUCAUCACAAAACUGAGCGUUGAGCUUAUAUAGCCAACGUCGUACCAAUACUCUUCGAAGUCUGUCGACAGCGGAGAGCCGGCUAGACUAUCAACGAACUUGGACAAUGGAUUAUAUCGAUGCAUUGGUUGAUUUCGGUUAAAGUAAGCCGAGCCAAAAGAGCUUGGCGUUUUGGGGGGUCCUUGGGUGACAUAUUCAUGCGCCUCCCGUACCAAACCAUUCAUCAGACAGCGUACGUGUGGGAGUGGCAUCGGUGGACGCAAAUGCUGUCGGGAGAUGUGCUAGGCCAAUUUUCUAUCCCAAAUAUUGUACACUUCCAUCAGAAGAUUUUCGUAGGAAUAUGUAGUCAUUGUCAAUGAACCUCAUGGUCGUUGAGGGGGUAUUUAGCUUGGAGCACUUGCAGG